UUCCUGUGAAUUUCACGCCAUCAGGAAACUUUCUAUCUCCCCAAUUGUGCGACCGAUUCGACGAAACAUUCGAUAUAGCAAGUAGUGGGACUAUGUCUCGAUAGAAAUGCAAGCGCUUUGGUCCCAGGCAACGCGCAACCUGGGAACCUGUCGAGGCACCUCAUGCGUCCCCCGAGCGACGGCAAUCGCGCAGCGCGCAACAGCAAAUUCCCUCCAACGACCGCGGCUAAUCGAGAUACCUACCUCUACGUUCAUAUACACAGCGAUAUUUGCUGCAGGAAUUGCAAUUGAUGGCCGCGCAAAACAGGCAAGGAAUCGGCAAUGGGACAAUGCAUUCGCCAAUUUACAAUCGGAGACGGAAGAAUCUUCCUUACCUGGAUUGGGGCCUGAAGAGAACGAGAUCGAGAUCAACUUGAAUCCAACUGGACACAUGCGGUUGGAAGAAAUCCUUCGAGAUGGUGUAGAUCUUUCAAUGGUUACACAGACAAUUGGUGUCAACAUCACACAGGAUUCAUCUGCUCAUGAGCAUUCGAAAGAUGCGGAACCCUCACAAGCUCCUAUCGACCUAUGGGAAAUCUUACGCUUCGACUCCAGGUGGCCAGGCGCGCCAUUACUAGAAUGGCCGGUCAAUACUGGCCUUAAAGCCGUCCGCCACCAUCUCCCUCCCCAAUCUUUGUGGGCAUACGACCACAUGCGCCGGACCGCAUUACGAAGAAGACAAACCAGCAAAAAGUUGGCAAUUCAAGAAGUUUCCGUUGGCCUAUUGAUUCGCUCCCUCAUUUCGAAAACGCGAGCCCACGAAGUUGACGAUAAUAUCAUCAUGGACAACGCACCUUCGUUAAUGGAGGUACUGAGGACUGGACAGGAUACCCACCAAGAUUACAUGCAUACAAUAGAGGGAUUGGAGAAGGCACUUGCUGAAUUGCAAGUCACCUCGGCUGAAAGAAUUGCAACGAGUGAAGAGAUGCGCACCAAGCACCACCUGGCCUUUUCCGGACUUCCUCAAUACCAAGAAGAUAGUGACGGCGAUUUUCACUCCAUCCGUAAAAACAUGAACGCAUCAUUAAAGCAAAUAUUCCAACAAAAGGAUCAGGUACAAGACCCAAAGGCUCUUGCCGUGGCUACACUCAAGAUAUCGCACAAUCUGCUUAUAUCUUCAGCAGCACCUGAUGUGCAAACAUUCAACCUACUAGUAUCUGGUUUUUCACGAUGGAAAGCACCAAAACUGGUUGAUAGGGUGCUCGAGGCUUUGGAGACCUGCAAGAUUCGCCAUAAUGAAGUUACUUGCGCCAAUGUUCUCCAUCAUUAUGCCAAAUACGGCGAGGCUGACAAGUUUUCAUAUUUUGUGUCAAAAAUGCGCGGGUUUGGGGAUGCCUUAACUCUUGCCAGACCAGAUAUUAAUAUCAAUGAGGCCGGUCAGCAACGCUUAGUGCGCCAAGGGUCCAAGGUGUUCCAAAAGAUUCACCCGUCGCCUUUGGUCUUCCAUUCUCUGAUGUUUGGUGCCCUCAGAUUUGCAGGGUUUGAGCGCUCCAUGGAUAUCUACUAUGAAAUGAAGGAAGACGGUUGGGGCCUCGAUGUUUUGGGACUCACACACUUCCUCGUCGAUUGUAUUAAGAGGAAAGACUUCAAUGGCGGCCUAUACAUCUGGAACGAGAUCAGUUAUAUCAAAGAUGGUGCUAAGAAAUCUCACGUGGCGAAGGCAUACGCAAACAUGCUGAGUUUAUGCUCUGUAGCAGGCCAAACCGCUGCGUUCAACUCACUUCUCAAAGAACUCGUUCACUAUGGCUUUGACCGGAAACAAAUCGUCUCGAAUGCUUUAGACAUGGCCAAAAGGGUUUCCGGUACCAAUGAAGUGCACGUACCAGCAUUCACAGCCGAUAAUAUUCUUAUUGCUAUGACGGAUUUCAUGUUGGACCGCCCGCCUCCGCUGGACACACCUGAUGCGUCACCGGAUAAGCCUGAAGCGUCUUCCAAGUCUGGUGACGCAGAACUGGAAAGCGCGCUUGAGCUGGAGGCGAGUUUGGAGACGAGUGAACCUUUGCCUGAAAGCAGCGAGGAGACGCAAGACCCCGAAGAACUAUGGCAAGCCUGGCUUAAGCAUGAGCUUGGUAUGAGACGGAGGGUUAGCGAUGCGGAAAGCAAAGAGCCAGAAUAAGACCAGAAGCCCUCGUACUUUCGGAAUCGUUAGAUGACAAGAUCUAUAUAAGGGAUCUUUCCACAUUAUUAUCACCAACCCAUACGAGGUUCUGACCCUCGACGACCGAAAU